ACAAUCCCAGCAUGGCCAGUCGCUUAUUGGGUGUUCGUACACGUCACAGUCUAACCCGGAAGUGCAGUGACAGCUCUUGUCAAAAAUCCUUCAUCUGUUUCGUUCAAGUGCGUAACAAAGCUUGCCAAGAAGCUCUGGCUUUGGACAGACGAGCAGUACUGACACACCUACAGACAGCAAGACCUGACGGAGAGAGUCCAGCUGGCUAGUUAUGGCGGUUGCAAGCGGAACAGAUGUGCGAGGUACUUUGAUCUAGUCAUGGUUUGGCCUCCUGAGAGCCUGGAUCACAACAUUGAAGCAGCAUGGGAUCAGCUUGACAGAGAAUGGAACAAAAGGCAGUCGGCAUGUAAAGAAGCACUUUUGGAAUGUCCUGCAAGAAGUCUGGAGAACUAUUCCUGAAGACCACUCAAAGAAAUUAGAAGAAAGCUUGGCUAAGAGAAAUCAGGCUGUGCUGAAAAACAAAGGGGUUUAAGAGGCAGCCAGCUUGACUGAUUAUUGGACCUUUCCUCCCUCAUACACCUCAUACCACCUCAUCCCACAUCUGGCUGCUGCCACUGCCCAACUCGGUGCUCUCAGCAUCAAUGCUGGCAAUGUCCAGAGUACCAAGUCCCCCACCACCGGCAGAAAUGUCCAGUAGUCCUGUGGCUGAGAGCUGGUGUUAUACUCAGAUCAAAGUGGUGAAGUUCUCCUACAUGUGGACCAUCAACAACUUCAGCUUCUGUCGUGAGGAGAUGGGAGAGGUCAUCAAAAGCUCCACUUUUUCCUCAGGAGCCAAUGACAAACUCAAAUGGUGUUUGCGUGUGAAUCCUAAAGGUCUGGAUGAGGAGAGCAAAGACUAUUUAUCACUUUACCUCCUCUUGGUUAGCUGCCCAAAAAGUGAAGUGCGUGCCAAGUUUAAGUUUUCUAUCCUCAAUGCCAAGGGAGAGGAGACCAAAGCCAUGGAGAGCCAGAGGGCGUAUCGCUUUGUCCAGGGGAAGGACUGGGGUUUCAAGAAGUUCAUAAGGAGGGACUUCCUGUUGGAUGAGGCCAACGGUCUGCUGCCUGAUGACAAACUAACUCUUUUCUGUGAGGUGAGCGUAGUGCAAGACUCUGUGAACAUCUCAGGCCAGAACACUAUGAAUAUGGUGAGGGUUCCUGACUGCAGGCUGGCGGAAGAACUUGGAGAUCUGUGGGCAAGCUCCAGAUUCACUGACUGCUCCCUGUGUGUUGCUGGCCAGAAAUUCCAGGCACACAAAGCCAUAUUGGCAGCUCGCUCGCCGGUGUUCAGUGCCAUGUUUGAGCAUGAGAUGGAAGAGAGUAAGAAGAACCGUGUGGAGAUAAAUGACGUGGAGCCAGAUGUCUUCAAAGAGAUGAUGUGCUUCAUCUACACAGGCAAGGCCCCCAACCUGGACAAGAUGGCUGAUGACCUGCUGGCUGCAGCUGACAAGUAUGCUCUGGAGAGGUUGAAGGUGAUGUGUGAGGACGCUCUUUGCACGAAUCUGUCUGUGGAGAAUGCCGCAGAGAUCCUUAUCCUGGCUGACCUGCACAGUGCAGAUCAGCUCAAGACGCAGGCUGUGGACUUCAUCAACUUUCACGCUGCUGAUGUGAUGGAGACAUCAGGAUGGAAAUCCAUGGUGAUCUCUCACCCACACCUGGUUGCAGAGGCCUAUCAUUCUCUGGCCUCGGCCCAGUGUCCCUUCCUGGGUCCCCCAAGAAAGCGCCUGAAACAGUCCUAGUGGUCUGGAGCGAUUCUCCCGACCUAACCCUGCUGCGUCCUCCCAUACCAGCAGCCUCACUGCUCCUCUCUCCCAAUCCUACUUUUGUACCUAUAGCAUCCCAAGAUGCCCACAACUGACACCUAGGGCUUGGGUACAGAUAUAGCAAGGGCAGCUAUACAGCUGGGCAGCACAGAGAAUUAUUGGACUAAUGCUAUAGAGGAGGUACUACACAUCACUGUAAGAUGAACUGAGUGAAUACCAUAAGACCCGGACCUGGAUAUUUAAGGAUUGCAAGCCCAAAGCCUUGCUUAUUCAAUGAUAUUGGAAGGCUACAACUCUAUUCUGCGUGUCAGGCACGUAAAGAACUGAUCUCCUGUCUGAAAGUGAAAAGUCAAUGCUGAGUCCCUGAAAAUAUUUGUCUGUGACGUCUUGUCUUGUAACCCAAACUGUGCUUGUGAAGAGACAAGUGAAGAGGAUCAACCAACAGGAAAGUGAAAGACUGUUGUUCCCAUUAUUGGAGACCUUAAUGGUGUUCAGUGUGUUGUUUUUCUAAGGCUUGAACAAUUGUCUUGAUAUUUUUUUUUUCCAUGAAAGAAUAUAAAUGUAAACUGUUUAACUGUUAAAAUCAGGCAGGCACGUUGAGUUGUUUAGCUCAGAUUUUGACUAAUUUCAGACUGGUGACAGAGUUCUGCCAGAUUGUUGUCAUUUAGCAAGUAGCUCUGUUUGAAUAAUAACAUCGAUAACAGUACGGCUCUUGGAUGACUGAGGACAUGACAGUAAUUUCACAAGAGUCCGACCAAAGUAUUCACUGUAAUCUAUAGUGGGCAUGUUUUAGUGGGCAAUAUUUUAAUAUCUAGUGGGCAAUGUUUUAAUAAUACUGGCAUAGUAUUUGUUGUCUUGUGACAUUAACUGUGCUUCAAAGCUGACAGACCACACAGCCAUAGAGUAUUUGCUCUUUUUAUGUUUUCUUCUUAUUUGUCAUUCAUUGUAGAAUUGCACAAAAUAAUGCUUUUUUGCCAUUUUUUUUUUAACACAGUUUUGCAGUCCUAUUAUUUAGUUUUCUUAUUCAUUUCGACUGUAUUGGAACUUCACUUGAGAAAAUUGGCUUUUUAUUGUUACACUCCUGCUGGUGGUCAGUUGAUCCAUACGAUCCAUAAGCAUAAAUGAAAUGUAGGAAAGGCCAAUUAAAGAGAGCGCUGCCAGCUAACACAACAGAGAAGGUAUCUGUCAGUUUCAAAACAUGACAUGUUUUACAUUAACCUGUUGACCUCAGGCAAGAGAGACACUUGCUUUUUAACCAUGCAGUAAUGUAAACAUCCACUUGCAGUGAUAAUAUAACAUUUUAUGUGCUUGACUCCCUACUACUCAUGUUAGUGGAGGAUUCCACCAGAGGGCUUCCAUAUUUGCAUGACCUAAAACAGUAAAUUUCUUUGAAGAAGUUUAUUCUCACUGGGACUUCAAUUGAUAAAGCUCAACGUCUCCAUUUUGUUUUACCCCUGCUCCCUUGUCACAGGGGUAGCCACAGUGGGUGGCUUUGAUGGUUUGAUCGUGCUUGAUGUUUUUCCUCAUGCAACCACAAUGGGGAAUUUGUCUUUCUGGCUAGAAUUGAACCAGCGACCUUUUGCUUGGCAAGCAAACCACUAAACUAUGGAGCCACCUCCAUCCAGAGCUCAAAACGAUCAGAGUUGUUUGUUACUAUGUCUAAUUUACAUAUACCUAAGAUCACACUCAUACUGAAGCGUAGUUGUCUCUGUGCAGAGGCAACAGCACAUCAUAGAGAUGCCAGCAUGUCUAUACAGACUCUUGUACUUACCGUUGGUGUGCUUCUUGAAUCUUCUGGAAGCACAUAUCUUUAUUUUUUGAUGACAUUCACAACUGAAGCUCCAAACACUCACCAUCAUGCGCAUAGUUAAAACCAAGUAUAUCUCAUGCCUUAAUGUGUUCCCUUGACUUGUUCACCGUUUUGCCCUUUAAAACUGUAAAAUACAUAUAUUUUUGAAUUUUU